CAGACGUGACUGAAAAUUAUUUUUUAAAGGAAAAGAUGGGCCCGUCGGUGUCCGAUGAUCUGUUGGCUAAGGAAAAGGAAUAUCACAGACAGAACAGAGAGAUCGAACAGAAAGCUCAAGAACUUAUGAGGGAAGUCGACAUGGUUAUUAAUUCAGGCACGAAUGAUAAUUCUCUUCGCACCCCCAAAUCCAAUUAUACAAAUUCAGAUCCACCUUUGAAAGAUGUCGCAAGGAAACGGUCAGAUAGCGUUCAGAUAACAAAGGUGAAACCAUCGGACUCAUUUUCACAUAAUCUCUUAAUAAGGAGGAACUCGAUUCAAUCUAUCGUCGAACCUGCACCGCGUCCUCCGACUAGACUAAAAGUAGACGGAGAUUUGAGGAUCGAUGAGAUUCCACCAGGCUGUGGAGACAGUUUGGGAACCGAAGCGAUAAUAGAAUUUUUGAAGGCAAAAAUACGAAUGCUACAUACCGAGUUACAAAGCAUUCAGCUUGAAUAUAAGAAGAAGUGUUCCUACUGCAAAGAAUUGGAAUCAGACAGUAAAAAACUGGAUGAAGUGAAAGGUAAGCUACAGAAUCAAGUGGCUUCACUAAAAGAUACAAUUUUGAAGUCGGAAUCUACUAACACUAGUCUGCAAUCAAAAAUUCAAAUCCAAGCUACUGAAAAUAGUGCCUUAAGAAAGGACAUUGAAGGGUUACGGAAAGAAGUGAAACUAUUAAAUCAACAAUCAAGUAGUUACGAUGUUCGAUUAAACAGAUCGCUCGAGGACAAUGAAAAGCUGCGAAACUCAUUAAAAUUCUGCCAACAUGAAGAAAAGGAAUUGAGGGAACAGAUUCGAAAACUGCAAGACGACAAGGUUGCAGCAGUAAAAAAUUUGGAGAAGCAACGCUCGGAACUCUUGCAAGCAUUUAAAAAACAAGCAUUGCUAAUUGAUAAUUUAAAAAAGCAAAAAACGUACUUGGAAGCGAGCAGACAAAUUCAAUUAACGGAGGAGGAAUUCUCCAAACUGUUGGAAUGGAAGCCUGAAAAUGUGUAAUCUAAACUUCCUCCCGAAGGACAUCGACUAGUAAUAUUUAAUUACCUCACAAAAUUUCUAUGAAUUGUUUGUUUAUGAGAUAUUUUUACUCAAUAUAUCAGAAACUGAAAUCAAGUAUCAAGCACACUUUAAAUUAAAUGUUUCAAGUCACGGAAAAAAAAGACUAUCCCAAUGUCAAUACGAAAAAUCAGCAAACAAGAGAAUGUUCAAU